UGUCUAUGUAUACAUGUAGUGUUUACGAAAUUGAUGAUAUAACCAACAAACGAUUGAUCACUUUAUUUUUUUUUCCUGGAAAUUUUGCCAAGAAAUUUCAAUUAUUUUCAACUCUUAUCUUUUUUUUUCUUAUUCUUUGUGAUCUAUUUUAAAAUCAUUCUAGAUGUCAUUGUGUUUAAUGUUAUUGUAAAUUUCCGAAAAAACAAACGAAACGUCUGUUUGAAAUUCAUAAAAUAAAAACAAAAACAAAAACAAAAAAAAUGGAACAAAUUGGAUUUUUUCCCAUCAAUAAUUCAAGUAAUAUAUAUGGAUUGACCAAUAUAAUGGGUGAUAUAACCAGAAUAUUAGUGGCCACAUUAGAGAAACAAAUUUUUGCAGUUGAAUAUUCGGAAAAUAAGAAAAUUAUAUGCAAUGAAAUUCAUUUUGCCUACAUACCUAAUAGUGCCGAUAUUAUAUCGAUUGAUGCAUUUGUUCGUUCAAAUUAUAAUGAUAUUGUUUUGGGUAUAACAUUUUUUAAAAAUUAUAAAGAAUCUGAUUCAAAUGAAUUUCGUAAAAAUAUUGUCAUUUCAAAUAAUAAUAAUAAUAAUAAUAAUCGUUCAACAUUAUUGAAUAAUGAAAAAAAUCAAUGCAAUCAUUAUUAUUUUAAUAUUUAUUCAAGUUUAAGUUCGACAAAUCGUUUUGAUUUGAAUCAAAUUGCUCAGGAUUGUCAAACAUUCGAAUUGGAUUUUGUACCAUAUCAUCUAUAUCAUACAUCCAUUUUAAAUGAAAAUAAUAUUUCGGAAACAUUAUGGCUUCUAUCCGGUAGUGAUUGUAAUGUACACAUAUUUCGUGAAGAUAAUAAGAAACAAAGUUUUUAUAAAGAUAAAAUUGAUCUGUUUCCCGAAUUAACUAGUUUUGAAAGUAUUGUUCUUUGGAUUGAUGUUAUAAAUUAUCAAGAAAAUCAAAAAUUUUAUCGUCUAACAGCGGUUGGUUGUGAAAAUGGUAGUGUUUGUUUGUUUUUUGUUGAACUUGGUGAAACAAAUAAUGCACGAAUAAUAAAAUCAUGGAAAAAUCGUUUUGAUGGUCCAAUAUUAUCAGUGAAAUUUUUCAAAGAUAAAACAAACAGUACUGUGAAUUCGAGUAAAUUAGGAUUCAAAAAUGAAUUUUCAUCCGAAAUUCAUUUAUUGGUACUGGAUUCUGUCGAGCAACCUAUCGUCUACAGGAAUGUACAGGAAAAUGGUGUUGGUGUUCGGAAAAUUCUACCAAAAAUCAAUGAAAAUAUGGUCGAUUUAUUUCCAUCAACAAUUAUCGGAGAUUCGAAUUUUGAUCUUUAUAACGAAAUCAUAUUGGGCAGUUAUGGAAAGAAAAUUAUUUUUUACAAAUUUGAACCAACAAGCCAAACUUAUUUGGUUGAAAAAACAAUGGAAGUACCUCAUCCAGUAAUAUCGAUUGCCUAUAUUGAUCUAACUGGUGAUGGAAUAAAUGAAUUGGCAAUUGUCACUACAAAAGGCAUUAUUAUUUAUCGACAUAAAAUCAACGAUAUAAUUGAUGUAAUUGAGAAAAAAAUGAAUAUAAUAUCCAUUGAUUGAUUAAAUUUUGAUAAU